GACGUCAAGUUGAAAAGAAAAGAAUGUUGUUAUUAUUCGCAAGUAAAAUCGUAAAUUUUCUUUAAAUCAUUCAAAAUGUCGGAAGAGUUUGCACUUUGUUGGAAUAAUUUUACUGAUAACAUCACAGCUGGUUUUCAUUCUCUUCUGUUUCGAGGCGAUUUAUGUGAUGUGACGCUUGCUGCUGAAGGGCAACUUCUAAAAGCCCACAAGGUUGUUCUAUCAAUUUGCAGUCCAUAUUUUCAGGAGAUGUUUGUUACCAACCCAUGCCAACAUCCCAUAAUUAUAUUAAAAGAUACGAAAGCGAAAUUAGUUUUGAACCUUCUAGAAUUCAUGUAUCAAGGAGCAGUAAAUGUUAAACAGAGUGAACUUUCAGCGUUUAUGAAGAUAGCAGAGACCUUACAAAUUAAAGGUUUAACAACAAAUCCCAAAGAAAAUAAAAGAACGUCAAGUGGUGAGAAAUCUAAAGAGAAAUUUUCUGAUCAAAAAUCUCCAUUAAAACGCUGCAACGAAAGUCCUCCGACCACCGAGAAUCAAAAUAGUAAUAAACAACAGAAAAUUCAGAAUGAUGUGACUGAUUUAACAAUUGAUGAUGAUGAUGAGUCACAAGUUGAUGAACAAUUUAAUGUUUCUGUUCCUGAAAUCUCAAUGGUUGAACUUGGACUUGAUUCAAAUCCUCUCAGCUCAAAAUCACACGAUUCAUCUGAAGCUCAUUUAUCAUUCACUCCAACAACUUUAAAGAUAUCAAGCAGUCAAUCACUUGGGUCCAGUUCAUUUGAUACAAAAAGUGAAUCAAAAGAUUCGGAAAAUCGUCAGCCUGAGAUUCCAAAUGAAGUUCCAUCGUCAGGAGCUAACAUCACGAUGUUGUCAUCAACAAGUUUGCUUCAUGGAAAUUGUAUUUUCAAUCGCAAUAAUACUGUUGCAACACAAGCUGGUCUCAAAACUUAUUGGCUAUGUAAAAGUUAUAGAAUAUCAAUGUGUAAAGCUCGGUGUAUAACACAUCAGGGAAAAGUCAUUUCUGCGACUGGAGUUCACAACCAUUCACUUCAUAUGAAAAACAAAUAUUCAGAAAUUCCGCCGGGACACACUCCAAACAUCAUAAAUUCAACGCAAUCAAUAAAUGAUUUUAAAUCUAACAUCAGUUCAAUUGUCACACAAACAGCAUCGUCACAGCAGCAUCAGCAGCAACAUCUUCAGCUACAAAGUCAACAAGGCUUCAUCCAACCUUAUCAUUAUUUCUCUCACAUGAUGGAACCAACAAACGAGCAAAUUUACAUGAGCCAAAUAAAUUCAAAUCAACAUUUUAAUCCAACAACAAGUGAAUCAAAGUUAUCAUUUUUACAUGAUCCAUCAACAAGCACCCAAGGACAGUUCAAAAUGGAAGACAUUUAGUUAAAAUAAUUAAUAAGAUGUAACAUUAAAUAUUGUAAGCAUAUGAGUUCUUAUAAAUAAUUUAUUUACAAAUAGAAAUAUCUCUCAUUAUACUUAUAUAAAUGCAAGGUUUGUUUAUUUGUUAUGAAUUGAGAUUUUUAGCAAAUUCCGAAUUCAAGCCCUGUAUUCAUUACGUGGUAACAAUUAGCCAGCUAAUCAAACACUGUUAAGUAUCUAAUGGAAGGAAAUCACAUAAAUAAGUUUGAUUUGACGCG